AGUCUAUGCGCAACGUCACAGGUUUAUGUGCCACACCCUCUGCCCGACGCAUUUGAAAACAAGGAAGUCCUACUAUGCGCGUGCACAUUGGAUGUUCCUGAAUUAAACUAUAUUUGGCAUUCCUCAACAUUGUUUUCCAGACUUCCAGAAAGAUGUACAUGUUUGUACAAACACAGACGACGGACCUGCUACAUCUGAAAAGGUCGCCUGGAAUUCGCUCCUGGUCGUUACUUGUUGGUUUCUUGUCUGUUGGACUUGCUGCUGCUUACUAUAGCUCAGAUAGUCUGUGGUGGAAAUCAUUUUACGUGACUGGAUGCUUAUUUGUAGCACUUCAAAACAUGGAAGAAUGGGAGGACGCUCUAUUUGAUAAGACUCGUAAUGUAGUUGAGCUGAAGACUUUCAGUCUGUAUGCCUUGGUGCUCACACUGAUGCGGAAGGGACAGGACCAAGUAAUAUUGGACAUGCAGCAUCUCCAUGAUCUGAGUGUUCGUCAGGAGAGCGUUCGGUACUUGGGAAAAGGAUAUGUGCUCAUGUUGCACUUGGAGACCGGCUUCUCCUACCCUCUCACCCAGAACGCCAUUCUUUCAGCAAAAAGUGAUGUGGAGGCAGUUGCAGGACUUCUCAGACGCUUCCUGGGGCUGGAGGAGGGAUCACGUGGAGACCCUUUCCAUGGAAACGAGCAAGAGGAACCAGAGGCAGAAGCGCAAAGCGAUUUGACAGACAGCAGCGGCUCUGAGGAUUAGAAUGGACUCCCCCUGCAAACCGUCUGCCUACUAUACAAGUAUAAACUGUUGCAAAAGAGCCUACGUAUGUCUGAUACAGCUGUGAUUAAAAGGGACCUGUGGAACACAGAGGAAACGCAAAGCUGUCCCCACUAGACUCCACUUUAAGGUCCUUGCGAGGAUGAAACUUAAAAGUCAAAGAAGGUGCUGACAAGGUUAAUGGACAGCUUGCAUGAACUUGAAUUUCUGGCCUUGUAUCUGAGGUAGCCAUAAGCCAUGCCACUUGUGGAUGAUGACCAUAAACUUGAUCUGCAAUUGACAGGGAGAAACAAAACUGUGUGAAAAGGCCAACUGUUUCAGAGAACAUGCACAACGCUUAUGACGUGAGCACAGACUUACUACAGUCCAGGGGUGCAUUUCUCGAAACCAUAGUUGCAAACUAUGUUAGCUACUUUGUUCUUUGCAAUGCAAUUUUCCACUGACAACUACCCAAGUGUCUAACUGGCAAACAACUAUGCUUUUGAGAAAUGCUCUGAUUUGGUCUGAAUUAUUGUCAUGCACAAGUAUAAUUGCAGUUGGAUUCAUAUCUGUAUCGGUUGCUCAAGAAAUCCUAGACUGUUUUUGCACUGUAUGAUGUCAUACAUUGUAUCAUCCUUGCUUUGAUCCACAAACAGAAAUGAAAGCAUAUAGCAGAUUAUUA